UACGUAACAUAAUUAAUUUUUUAAUCAAGGUUAUUGAAAUAAAUCACUACCAACUGUACUAAUAUUAAUUUUAAGUUAAAUACAUACCUACAUAUUUUAAAUCAUUUAAGACUCAGACGUAAAUGAGCCGUAGGGCUGAGGCAUUGAAUUAAAUUCAAAAUAUUUUAUCUACAAAACUGACCUUUGCUUAAAAAUAGUAGAAUAGUGUGCAUUUGUGAAGGGUGACGUAAAAGUACUUAACGGUACUGUAGGGGCUCUAAUCUUCGUUACAACUAAGGCUUCGGAAUUCUCCUCGUCAGUUAGUCUUUGGCGCCAUGGCGGUAGAGUCCCUACUCUGCGUCGUCUGGUACUAUACCAUAAUAUCAGGUUUUUAUAUCCUGUAUUGUCCUGUUCUGUAUCUUAUGUUUAUCAAUCAUAGAUUGUACAGAAAAGUUGUUGACGCAUUGUUUGAACUUUGGGAAUUGUUUCCCGUGGCGCUUUUCCAAUGUUGUUACUCUACGAAAUUACAUCACUUCGGCGAUUAUGUCAAUCCUAAUGAAAAAACAAUCAUGAUAAUGAAUCAUCGAACCAGGGUUGAUUGGAAUUAUGUAUGGAUCGCUUUAUAUCACGCUACGCAAAAUCCAAAUGAAGAUUGUCGUGUGUGUAAAGAGCAAUUAAAUGGUUUAGAGGAACCUGGAAGUGUUUUCGAUAUUGGAGGGAAAUCAAAAAUCAAAAUCGUUUUAAAAGACGGAAUCAAAAACAUUCCGGCAAUAGGGUGGAUAAUGCAACUAAACUUCUUUUUGUACGUGAAGAGAAAUUGGCAAGAAGAUAACAAUAAUUUGAAUCAGUUUGUAGACUACUAUAAAAGUUUGAAAUACGAUUAUCGCUUGGUUUUGUUCCCCGAGGGUACGGAUUUGAGCGAGAGCAAUAAAAUUCGAAGCGACAGUUUUGCUGUUGCUCACAAUUUGCCUAAAUAUGACUUUGUCUUACACCCUCGUUUGACUGGAUGGUCAGCGCUGUGCUCACGGCUUCGAGGAACCGGGCUCGCUUCGGUAUACGAUGUCACCCUAGCCUACGAUAACCCCGCACAGACCGAACUCGAUCUGGCCAAAGGAAACAUACCUAAAAAUGUGUACUUUCAUUUUAAAAGGUAUUCGAUAGAUAAAAUACCAUACAAUGAGGAAGAUUUAAAGAAAUGGUUAAACGAUAGAUGGGGUGAAAAGGAAAUUAGUCUUCGUAAAUUUCAUAAAGAAGGUAAUUUCAUAGAUUUAGAAACAACGAAACCUCCCGCAUACAGAUCCCCGCGUUCGAUGAUCGUAGCUAAAGCAGGCUUUACAUUUUGGACAAUUGUAAAUUUAUUAUUUACCUACGCUAUAUAUUGCAGUGUAAUGUUUCAAUUUUGGGUUUUGUACCAUAGUGUAUUAUUCGUGAUAGUAACAUGUUAUUUAGGUGGUUUUCAGAACAUUCAAUACAGGCUACUCAAAAAUGAAACACCAUAAAUGUAUAGAUAUUUUAAUAUUUGU